AUGGAUUGCGAAGUUUGUGACAGUCCGGCUGAGUUUACAUGCAAGAAUUGUUCAGUUAAGCUUUGUACAAUAUGUGUAGGACUACACAUGCUUUCCGAAUCAGAAAAUGGUCAUGAUGUAGUGAAAUCUUGCGAACAAAAUGAAUCAGAGGAAAAUAAAUGCCAGGACCACCCCCAGCAAGAGAGCAGCGCAUUUUGCAAGACUUGCAACAUUUCUAUCUGUGUCUUAUGUCUAUCGGAGAAGCACAAUGCACAUGAAAUUGGCGAGUUAUCCGAGAAAGUUGACACAUUAUCCGACAUUAUCGCCAAAGAAAAUGAACAGCUUCAGUCCUUACAAUCUGAAAUGGAGAAAAUUCUGGUACAUGUCAACAGAAGAUCUGCAGAACUUCCACUUGCCUACAAAAAGACAAAAAAUAAUGUUACCUCCCAUAUCAGGGAAAGGCAUCAGGUGAUCGAUAAAGCAGAAACGGCAUUGCACAAAGAUCUAGACAAAAUGGAAGAAAAGCAUCACGGAAUACUACUGAAGCAAAAAAGAGAAUUUGAAGAAAUAUUGAAGAAAUUAAAAAGCUUAGAUCAAGAAGUAUUUAGCUUGGCAAAAUCCAAAGACGUUUCGAAAUUAAUGGAAUUCAAGCUAGAACUUGAAAACUUACAAGUGCCAACUUUCAUAGAAGAAACAAAACCAGCAUUCUUUCAACCUUCCGAGAUCAAUGAAAGUCAAAUAUCAUCGUAUUUCGGUUACAUAGAAACAUUGCAGUCGUUCAAAAGACCCACAGACAACCUUACACAAGAAGCUGAAGAUGAAAUCUCCUUAUUACCGAAAGCUCUAGAUGUACCUACAGUUCUUACUGCCUUUGAUGCACAGUUUCCAGCUUCUACAGAAAACAACAACAGGUUGUAUUCCAUUGUUCCCCUCGGUGACGGCAGGGUGUGGGUAGGAGGACACAGUGAUAUCCUAAAGCUUUUUGAUCAGGAACGUCUUAUAGCCACUGUCAAUAAAAAGAGUAUUGGUUUGUACCUGACUCUGCAUGAGGGACACAUAGUUUAUCCAGAUGCUGACAAAACCCUGAAAGAGGUUAAAAACGGUAAAAUAGAUACAUUGUUCAGUAUCGGGGAGUGGAACCCUGACGGUAUUACCUAUACCGCGGCACAUGAAUUCCUUGUCUGUCUCCUGGCAACAGAUGGUUCACAGUCAAAGGUCGUAAGAUACAGCAGUUCCGGUGACGUCCUGCAGGAAAUCCAGUACGACUCCCUGCACAAACCUCUGUUUAAGAGGGCAAUUUACGUGGUGGAGAAUGGUAACGGCGAUAUUUGUGUACUUGACUUGGAUAAAAAUGCCGUCACAGUCGUUGACAAUCUCGGAAUAUUCAGGUUCUCCUACACAGGGAACAAAGCAUCCAAGGAGAAAAUCAAACUUUGCUCCCGUACCACAGACAGCAUGCAUCAUAUCAUCAUCACGGACUUUAUAGGUGACAAAAUUCACAUUCUGGACAGGGACGGUCGAUUCCUGAGGUACAUCAUUCCUGAUCAGGGGAUACAGAGACCAAGGGCCGUGUGUGUCAUUAGGGAGGGGGAGUUAAUGGUGGGGGAGUGUAUAACGGGAAUGAUUAAGAGAAUAAAGUACCUAGCCUAA